AAAGCCAUGAGGCUCACUUUAAAUCCUUACAUUUGUUCAAAAAUGGAAAAUCUGUUUUAUGGAUUAUAAUUUCACACAGCUUUAAUUCUGGUUGUACUUUAUGAGAAUAAAUAGAUUUUCUUUGAUUAAAAAAAGCUCAAAAUUAAGUCCAAAUAUGUUAUUAUGACGUUCAUAAACUACACAGGAUUGAUGGAGAAUUACGGUUGAAGUUGAAGUUAAUUUAUUUUUAUUUACUGCUUACUUUCUUUUGAUUUUACAGUUACUUUUUACAUUUUUUAAAAACGUUUUAUUUUAACCAAAGAGCCACAAUGGAGAGGUAGAAGAUGUGAUAUGUAGAAGAUAUAGUAGCUGGGACAGAGACUUGUAACCUCUGUGACCUCUCACAAGUCUGCGCUCAAAUUACUUCCUUUUUUUUUUUUUUUUUGUAAAUGGCAGUUCUCUUAAAGCAUUAAUCGUCACUCAUGUUUGACUCAGACUCAGUUUUAGCACUCUUAACAAAAGUAUAAAAACAUUUAGUUUUUCCUCUAACUGCUCCCUUUUGGGGUAAAACACUUAUGAUAAUCUCAUGUGAUUCGGCUUCAGAUUUAUGACAGAUCCUAACUCAACCCUCUGCACCAAACUGGUUCUGGGACCAGAACAUUGAAACAUCAAAGAGUGCCCCCAUGUGGUUGUAGUAACGUAUACAUCCCCAGUAUUCUCAGGUGAUCUCCCAUCCAAGGACUAACUUGGUCCAACUCCAGGAUGAUGCGACUGCACUAGAAGCAUCUACCAAAUGUCUCAAUGUAAAUGGGGGUGUGGUCAUUUGAUUGACAGCAAAUUCUCUCCUUAUCCUUUGUAUUUUUUUCUAAUAUCUGUCAGUUUUGAAUUUGCCUAUUAGUGACAUUUUUUAAUUAGAUUUUGGUUUUAUUGGAAGUUCACAGAACUGAAAAACUGGCUUCAAGUGCAGAAAACUUAUAGACUGUAUCUGAGCAAAAUGAUCCAGAGAAAUUAAAUAUUCAAAGUUUUUCUAAGACUGUAGACUGAGUGAAGUUGAGCUGCAGCUUUUUUAUUGCAGUGGGAUCAGAGUAGCAGUCAUGAUUCAGCAGCUGCCACUCAUCCGUUCCUCGGUCAUUCUGCCUCUUCUGAAGUCAGAGGUGUGAACUCUGACUCAAACAGCUCCUCCUCCUCUGCUGCCUCACUUGUGUUUCCCUUUGUUCAGUCCAACCACGUUUGCUUGUCUUCUUUCACCUUCAGCUUCUAUUCUUCUCCAUCAUGAACGCUCAGACUUACAGAUGGCCUCCUGUCCUCCUGGCUGCUCUUAUUCCAUGUGUCCUCCUGCAGAGGACGGAUGGAUCGCUCUCUGAGGCUCACAUUUAUCAGCCCAUCCUAAACCCCAACGAGAGCGUUCCCUCACAAGGAAGCUACGCAGUGAAAAACUAUAAUGGGAGUCUGUGUGUUACGGUCGUCACAGGAGUGGAGUACAUCAUCACUGAAAAUAAGAUAAACUGGUAUUUCAAUCUGGACCCAUCAGGAGUUAAGGUCAAUGGAUAUUGUGGCAAAGAUGUUGCAGAUAUCUCUCUUACUCUGCCAGGUGAUGCAGCCAGUCUGCAGUUUAAUUUUAAGAAGAAAUUCAACAAAUUUUAUGUCUCCCAACUGAAUGCUCACUUAUCUCCUCAACCUCUUUGCAAAGGAUGUAUCAAUAAAACAUAUUCAGGCCAGAUCACCAGUGAGAUGCUUUUCUUGACACCUGUCUGUGAAACCUUCAAGAGCAGAUCGGGAUUCCUGCUUUCUGUUUCGCCUGCCAUGAAGAUCAAGCUGGUUCCUCUGCAAAUGAAAGCCUUCAUUUUGUCUGACAGAGAGUAUGGUCUCGAGUGUCUCAAGGAGUCAAAGAAAAUCAUUGCCAUGGUUAUGGGGGCGGUAGUGAUGACUCUGAUAUUCAUCGUCAUGCUGUCAUUUCUGUUCAUCAGGGACCGCCGACGACAAGGAUAUGAAAGGAUGUAAACAUCGGUUCAGUUUUUGUACCUAUAUAAGUCUGUGUGCUUUGUAUGUAUGCUUGAAGGAAAUUAAUAAACAUAAUCUAUAUUCAAAAUCCAGCAGACACCUUUCUUUUACUGUCUUCUAUCUCAAUUUAUGGCUUAAUAUUAAUAAUAUAUCAAAAUAUAAACUAUAAAAUUAGAAAAGUAACAAUAACUUUAUCCAUGACAAUGAUACAAAUUGAUAAGAUAUUGCUAUUUUUAUAAAGAAUAUUUUAGAAUGUCACAACAAUUACAAACAUUUUUGAAACCUUUUUUUAUUUAUUUUUAAAUAUCUACUUUAAAACAUUGUAAAGUCAAACAAUAA